AUAAUAUUCGAAUAGAAGCGGAACUCAAAGUCAAUUUUAUUUAUGUACUUUCCGAGUUUUGAACAGAUAUAUUUAAUUUAUUUUGAGAUAUGUGCUGUUUAAUGUAGAGGUUGAAAUCUGGUAUGGCACCGAAAAAGAAAGAAGCAAGUAAGUCGCGGGCCAAUUUGGUGGAGGAUGAAGCACUUGAGUGGCUGAAGCCCCGUGCUUUGAUAAAACCUGAUGAACAAGAGGAUGUACCAGAAGCUGAUCUUGAAGAAGAAGUGGGUCGUGUUCUAACUACGCUUAAUAAUCAAUGGGUGGCUGAUGAAGUAGCUUUCCAUUACGGGCAAGGCAAAUUCGUAACUAAAUCAAAACCGACUUUUGGAAAGGCAUAUCCACUUUAUAUUUUUCAAGGAACAGCAAUUCGCAAAGAUUCUGAUGAAGCGAAGGCACAAAUUGCAGCUGGAUAUGGUAUGGUGGGAUUUGAUGACGCCGGGCCAAAACGUGCAAAAGUUAAAAAGUCAGCAGCAGAUGAAGAAGAGGAAGAGGAACCUGAGCCGGAGCCACAGCCACCCGCCGAGGAGGACAGAGGAGAUGAGGAUGUAGUACAAGAAGAAGAAAAGCCAGCUCCAGUCGAAGAAGUGGAAGCUCCACAGGCUGUUGUUGAAGAGGAACAGGAAGUCCCAGAUGAAGCAGCAGACGAAGAGACUCCAGCUGAUGAUCAGGGCCACCACGUUGAAGAAGUGUUAGAAAUAAAACCAAGAGUGAAGAAACUUGCAAAUCAGUUCAAUUUCUGCGAAAGAGCAGCGCUAACAUACGUGUUUCCUAGACGGUCAGUAGAAACACAAUCAAUACCGCCUUCACGGAUAAACUUUGGAUCGACUGCUCUACAAAGCAUCAUCUUUGACUUCUACAACGAAGAUUACGCGAAGAAGAUGAAAGAAAAGGAAGAUGAAAAGCCGAAAAGGCUGAAGAAGAAAGCAGCAAAGAACGCGAAGACUGCGCAACAGAUCCACGAUGAACAGCUGGCGCAGCGGAUUCGUGAGGCAUGGACUGUACUGGAGAGGCUCGUCAACCAGAACAUAUACGAUGAUAUUUCACAAGACUACCGGUAUUGGGACGAUCCGUCGGAUGAGUUCCGCGAAGGAAUGGGCUCCUUGCUGCCUCUUUGGAAGUUCCAGUACGAACCGAUGAGGAACCACGCAGUGUGUGACGUGCAGUGGAACCCACACUAUCAGGACUUGUUCGCGGUAGCAUAUGGCUCUUUGGACUUUACGGCCCAACAAAAGAACGGUUGCCUCUGCUUGUACAGUAUAAAGAACCCAGCGUUUCCAGAGUACUCCGUUGUGACCGAAUCGCCAGUCAUAUGUCUUGAUGUUUAUAAGGAGAUACCUUACCUUAUCUGCAUUGGAAUGUACGACGGUAACGUGUGCGUCUAUAACGCGCAGCUUACUCUGGAGUCGUCGUAUCAGUACAAAUCUGACGCCGUCAGAGAUAAACAUAGCAAUAUUGUUUGGGAGGUUCGUUGGGGAGCCCGCCUCAUCGACGGUGAAGCGUCAUUCUUCUCAAUAUCUGGUGACGGUAGAGUGGUGCAGUGGGCGGUGAUGCCAGGGGAGCUGCAAGCCACUACCAUUAUCACUUUGUCAUCCAGUGUACCACCCAUUUCCGGCCCCGACGGCACUCUCCUGCGAGUUAAUAGUUGCGGCAGCACGAUAUGCUUCCACCCGGAGAAAGAGGAAAUAUUCAUGGUGGGCGCAGAAGACGGCAUGGUCCACACGUGCUCGCUCAAGUACAACAGAAACUACGUGCGAUCCGUGCAGGGUCACCAUAUGCCAGUCUACCGCAUCUCCUACAACUACUACAACAACUCACUCUACGCGACCUGCUCCGGUGACUGGAGAGUCAAGAUCUGGGAAGAUGGGAGGGAUGAACCAUUGUUUAUGUUUGAGCUGGGAUCACCCGUGGGCGACGUGAAGUGGGCCCCCUACUCUAGCACUGUAUUCGCAGCGUGCACGGCUGACGGAAAGGUAUACGUAUAUGAUUUGAAUGUGAACAAGUACCGGCCGAUUUGCGUGCAAGCUGUUGUCUCCAAGAAGACAAAGAAAUUGACUCGACUCGAUUUCAACAAACGCCUACCGGUAAUCGUAUGUGGGGACACAAAAGGCACUUGCCAUGUGUUGAAGUUAUCACCUAAUUUGAGGGUGAUGUGCAAACCUCCUAAGAAAGCUCAAGGCAUUCAACAACGAACCUUGCAGAUAAUGAAACUAGAUAAACUAUUGAGCCUAGUUCGAGACCCGCCUUAUCAAACCGGCGUCGUCGACGAGAAGUUCGACGAUUAACUAAAGUUAUGUGGAAGGUAUAUUUUAAUAUUUAAAUUAAAAAUAAAUUAUGUAACAACAAA